AUGCAGUUGUUACCUAUCUGUCAUCAGAAUGUUCUGCCGGUCUCCCUCAUUUCUAGCCGGAGUUCAACUUAUGCUCGUCUCCAUUACUGCUCUCUCAACUCUUCAUUUCUUCGUCAUGUUAUGAAUGAGAAGAGGUUCAUUGAAGUUUCUAAAAGCGGAAACUUGAUUCCUCUGCACAAAACCAUUUUUUCUGAUCAUCUGACUCCGGUGUUGGCCUACCGAUGUUUGGUGAAAGAAGAGGAUCGUGAAACUCCAUGUUUUCUAUACGAGUCAGUUGAAGGUCCUAGUGUUGGUCGAUACAUCAUGGUAGGAGCUCAACCAUCCAUGGAAAUUGUAGUUAAGGAACACAAUAUGACUAUAUUGGACCACCAUGCUGGAAAAUUGACAGAGAAGAUGGUCGAAGAUCCGAUGACAAUUCCAGCAAGUAUUUCCAAUGGAUGGAAGCCCGGACUUAUUGAUGAUGAACUACCUGAUACUUUUUGUAGUGAGGAUCUCUUUUCACUAAUUGUGGUGUCAGGAGAGUUACUUGAUCAUUUAACCUGUUGGGAUGAACUGCGAGUUGUAUUGCCUGUUGGGACCAUCGGUGGAGCACCAAUGGUUAAGGCGAUGGAGUUGAUCGAUCAGCUAGAAGUGGGUCGGCGAGGGCUUUACAGUGGUGGAUUUGGAGGCAUUUCAUUUUCAGGUGACAUAGACAUAGGAUUGGUUCUAAGGACAAUGGUAUUCAUGAACGGACCUCGUUAUGACACAAUGUAUUCAUACACUGAUGCCGGCAAAUGUCAGGAAUGGGUUGCACAUCUCCAAUCCGAGGCUCAAAUCGUCGCUGAUAGUGAUCCUGAUGAGAAACAGAAAGAAUGUGAAGAUAGAGUAGCUUGUCUAUGUAGGGUAAUUGACUUGGUUGAAUCAACUUUUGUUAAGGGAAAAUCAUCCGUACUUGAGAUAAAUGGUUUUGUGCCAAAUUUAUUUUCAAGGGCCAGAGUACAUGAAAAAAGAAACUAA